CGGGAUUGUGAUGUAGCUCCGGCGGAUGUACCGCCUAGUUUGUGCUACGAGACCUUUCUGAAUUCUUACAGGAAGAAAACAAUAGAGCUGUUUUGGAGUUUAUAUUGAUUCUGUAGUACGAAAUAGGCCUGGACUUCCUCUUGGAGUAAAAUUUGUUCUUUGACAGAAAUAAUCUUUUCGUUUAUUGAGAUAUCUGCCAACUGCAUUGAGAGUCAUGACCGAACAGGAGGCUAAGCCUUCAUCUCAAGAUCUGGGGGACAACAAAAAGGAUGGAGAAUACAUCAAACUUAAAGUUAUUGGACAGGAUAACAGCGAAAUACACUUUAAAGUGAAGAUGACAACACAUUUAAAGAAAUUGAAAGAAUCCUACAGUCAGCGACAGGGUGUUCCAAGGUCUCUCAGGUUUCUUUUUGAAGGUCAAAGAAUUUCGGACCAUCAGACACCAAAAGAGUUGGGAAUGGAAAAUGAAGAUGUCAUUGAAGUUUACCAAGAACAGACUGGCGGACACAUGCAACUGUAGUCUUUAUUCAUGUAUAUUUUUUUUUACCUCUGCAUCACGUUUUUUUAUCCCAACAUAUCCUUGAACUGAAUUCAACAUCCAGCACUACAGACUGGUGUUUCUCCUAGCUUACCAUUUUAAAUUGACUUUUCAUUCUUCCUUGCUGUUUUUGGUUUGUAAACCAUCCAACAAAGGUGCAGUUCAUCAUGUUCUAAUGUUGUUCUUGUCCAGAAAGGAUGCGAGAGCCUCACAAUGUACAAUUAAGUCUUUGGAGUAAGAAAGGUGAAUUCUUCAUUACUGAAGGAAGUGGUAUCCGUUUCUCUUAAAUAGUUGGGUAACAGGUUUUGAACAAAUGCACUGUUUUACUUUUAGGGAUCAAGUAGCCAUUUGUAUAGGUGUGAUCAUAAGUGGGUUCAUAUUGUAAGUUGUACAAAAAAAUUUUGUUCCCUGAUUUACCACAUCAUCUUUUUGGGUCUGUCUGCCUUGACCACACAGGUUUUAUUGUAGUACUGUCUGACUUCACCUUUGAUGUAGACAUUACUUUUUCGAUCACAUAAGUGUACUACUUUGUCCAUUCUACUGCAGUACAUACUACAAUGUUAUUUAAAAAAAAACAUCAUUGGCAACAUCACACCAUGUCUCAUAUGACAUUCCAUAACUUUUUCCCUGUGAAUGUCUUGAAUCUUUUGCCAUAUUUUUUUCUUUCCCUCUUUCACAUUAAUAAAAUUCUUUGUUGCUCAUAAAAUGAAGUAUGGGUCAGCCACUUUAGUUAAUUUUUGACAUUUUCUCCUGCUCAUCAGUAAGGGUGCAACUUUCCUGCUCCAUAUGGUUUAUAGGAUCUGCCAAACCACUCCUUUCUGAACUUAUAGAAUUGAGAUCAGUGUGUGUACAUAGCCUGAUAGCUAUUAAGUCUGCAUAUUGACAGUAUAUCAUUUGUACUUCUGAGUAAGAGAAGCGUUUCACACUUGAUCAUAUCAUCUAGAGCAAGUCUGAGUGACCUAUGAUAAGUUUCCCCAUUUACAAAAUGUCAUGUGGCUGCUUAAUAUGUUCCAUCAAAGUUGUUACUUAUCUAUGUUGCAUACUCAAACUUUAAGCCAUCUUUAUUUCGUUUCACAUAUGUAGUAUCACUACUUCCAUAUGUGUUGCACAUCACUGUUGCCUCUGUUUUGGAGUGCUCUGACCCUCUCACUCUGCAUGUUCCAUUUCUGCAGUUCGCUUCCUUUUUAUACCUUCUAGGCACAGUAAGGAGGUGGAAUGAGCAGCAGGGUUUGGUAACUGCAUAGUAGCUUGGGGUGAUUUUUGUAAGGUGGGCCCUGUCUGUGGGAUGCAUUGAGUUUAGUAUGAUCAUUUCUGAUUAGAUGUUCAUGCUGUAUCUCCCAGUGUUUGCCACUGUCAAGGGGUGUGCUUCCAAUCAUACCUUUGGAAGCAGGAGGCAGCCUUCUGAACUGUGUGUGUGUGUUGGGGGCACAGUAUCCAAAAGCUGUUAAUUUUUUUUUUCUGUUUUGCCCCGACUUUCACAGGCUCUGCAAUUUCCGUUACUCUUAUGUUUUUUCUAAUUAGCCAUCAAGGAUUGGCAUGGUUCUGUUUUGUUGGAAAAAUAUUUAGUAUCCAUAUGUUUUGUAUAAACCAAGCCUGACAUGAUCGUUUGCACAGUGCCCAUGACUUUGAUUGCAAACAUUUGUGGAGGCAGUUUUAAAAAAAAAUAAUUAAAAAAAUAAAAAGCAAAUAUACUGAAGAGUUGAUGUGGAGUAGUCCAUUGGAUUUAACCUUGACUUAAAUACUUGACUUAUUUUUGAUUUUUUUAAGGGGUUGAUUGUAUUCUUUUUGAUAGAUGACAUGUAUGCAUUUAUGUUUCAGAGUUGUACGAUAUGUAAUGCUUUCAGUGCUUUAUGUAACAAUAUGUCACACACAGUGGAUCUCUGUGUGGUGCAGUUUCUGUUCUUUCUCCACAAGCUAGUGCAGAGUUGUAUAUUGUAUAAUCUAGAGGGGAGAAAUGAAAGCCAGAACACAUGGCAUGAGUGACAUUUUGUAACAGAAUUAGAAAGCAAAUGCCACUUGUUGAGCAUUCAAGAUGAGAGAUAAUUAUGGGUAGACUAUUGUAGUAGUGGUAGUCCAAUGUAAAACAUCUAAGUUACACAUCAUCUAGUGUUUAUUUUAGUAUGUGUUAAGUUCCUUGAAUUGUACAAUAAUUCUGGGGAAACCAUUUCUAAGGAGGUGUUUUUUACCCAUUGUUCUGUUGUAAAUGUCCUCAUGAACAAGUUAAUUUUUAAAUGA